UCCAGAGGCCGCCGACCAUGGCGGGCUGCUGCCCCGCGCUGGCAGGCUUCCUGUUCGAGUACGACACGCCGCGCAUCGUGCUCAUCCGCAGCCGUAAAGUGGGGCUCAUGAACCGCGCCGUGCAGCUGCUCAUCCUGGCCUACGUCAUCGGGUGGGUGUUUGUGUGGGAGAAGGGCUACCAGGAAAUGGACUCGGUUGUCAGCUCAGUUACUACCAAGGCCAAGGGCAUUGCUGUGACCAACACCUCCGGACUUGGAUUCCGGGUCUGGGACGUGGCGGAUUAUGUGAUUCCAGCUCAGGAGGAAAACUCACUCUUUGUCAUGACCAACAUGAUCAUCACCAUGAACCAGACCCAGGACGUCUGUCCUGAGAUUCCAGAUAAGACCACUGUGUGUGAGUCAGAUGCCCACUGCAUCGCAGGUUCUGCAGGCACCCACAGCAAUGGAGUUGCAACAGGAAGAUGUGUGCCAUUCAAUGGGACCGUGAAGACAUGUGAGGUGGCAGCCUGGUGCCCUGUGGAAGAUGACAACCAUGUGCCCAAGCCUGCUUUUUUAAAGGCUGCAGAAAACUUCACCCUUUUGGUUAAGAACAACAUCUGGUAUCCCAAGUUUAAUUUCAGCAAGAGGAACAUCCUGCCCACCAUCAACACCUCCUACCUCAAAUCCUGCAUUUACGAUGCGGAAACAGAUCCCUUCUGCCCCAUCUUCCGUCUGGGCAAAAUCGUGGCGAGCGCGGGACACAGCUUCCAGGACAUGGCCGUGGAGGGCGGCAUCAUGGGCAUCCAGAUAAGGUGGGACUGCAACUUGGACCGGGCUGCCGCCCUCUGCCUGCCCAGGUACUCCUUCCGCCGCCUUGACAACCGCGACGCCGACCACAACGUGUCCCCGGGCUACAACUUCAGGUUUGCCAAGUACUAUAACAGCCCAGCUGGCAAGGAGCACCGGACCCUUGUUAAGGCCUACGGAAUCCGCUUCGACAUCAUCGUGUUUGGAAAGGCUGGGAAAUUUGACAUCAUCCCCACCAUGAUCAACGUGGGCUCCGGCUUGGCCCUGUUGGGAGUCGCGACAGUGCUGUGUGAUGUCAUAGUCCUCUACUGCAUGAAGAAGAAAUACUACUACCGGGACAAGAAAUACAAAUACGUGGAAGAUUACGAACAGGGCCUCAGCAGUGAGGCAGGCCAGUGA